CUAUCUGCACAGAGUGAUGUGGUUUUGCGAGUAAUUCAGAGGAUUUGUGACAAGGGAAAAAGGAAUGUGCUAAGCUUUGGCUACGCAUGUGUAAAUGAAUCAAGCUUCAUACCUAUCCAAUCUGCCCCCAACAUCUGUAGUUACCGACCAAAUCCCACCACUGUUACUAUCAAGAACAGCAUCCUGUGGAGGACACUGCUCAGCCGAAUUGGAGAUGACGUCAUGAUGUAUCUGUUGGAACACUGCUCCCUAUUUAUGCUGGUUCCACCAAGCUGCUGCUUUCAGUUAUGUGGAGUUCCCAUCUAUAGCCUCACUAUAAGUGGCACUAAACUCCCUUCUACCUGGCUGAGACAGAGCCCAGCCAAACGCUGGUGCAAUAUUUCACUAAAGUGCAUCCAAAAGAAAGUCCAAUUUUAUAAAGGGCUCCUGUCAAAGGACAGGAAAUGGAAGGAGAGAUUAGCCGGAGCCAGCAAUGGAGCACGAGCUGCUGUGUCCAGCAGACAGAUGCGUCAAAGCACCCUUAGUGUUCCCGAAAGCAAAUCCGUCAAGAAGCCUAGACUCGAAGUUGUUGUUGCCAAGUGGCUGUCGAAGGUCACUGUGGAUGUAAAGUCACUGAAAAGAUGUCGGAGUGAUGAUGAUGUUGCGCCCCCUGCAAAGAGGUUAAGGGACAGGCAGCCAUCAGUGUCACUGGAAGGUACAUCAAUUCAUUCAGCUGGGCAUGUGGAAAGUAAGUUAAAUAACUCCUCAGAAAUAACCGAGCAAUCUGGCAGACCAACUGAUCGAACAAGUAACGGAGCCUGUGAAUGGAAAGGAGAAGGUGGUAACAUUGAUAAAUGUGAACCCAAAGAUCUCAAAUUCGGUGCCCAUGUGAGCACAGUGGGGGAAAGCUCUGGGGUAGGCCAAGGUUCUGGUGCCGAUACAUCUGAACUGGUUGAAGGAGGAGGAAUUGAAAGCAAUAGGACUGGACACUUUGUGCAUGAUGAAGUGAUUAUUUCUUCUGUUGAUGGCGUUGUGGCUCACGGGGAAAAUUCAGAACACAAAAGGCCACAGGCCAAAAUCUCAACAGCAGAAGGUGAAUCCGUGAGGAACGGUGAUAACCAAACUGUUGCAGAAACUGGAGAACAACAGAACGGUAAGGAGGUAGACCAAGUGAGAAUCAGGGACUCUAAUCAAAGUGGCAGAUUCACAGCUGGAAUUAUAAGCAGUACGCAAAACACUAAAUCUGCCUCUGGAAAGAACAUUGAUGCACUCAGACAAUGUGAAGGAACAGGUAUUGUGUUAACAAGCCCCUUAUAUGCGGGACCAUUACCGCAAACCUCCACAAAUGCUGAAACAGUGAGGAAUAGAAGAAAAUGGGCUACAACUUAUAUUGAAAGAGGAAAUAUAAUGUAUUGUAGUAACCGCAGGGAACAUUUGCCAAACACUUUUAUACUAAAUUGCUUGCAGGGCUUGAGCACAGGUGGUCAAAGGCUGGUGAAAUCCAUCUUCUUAAACAGUGAUACAUUUGAGAAGAAGAAACCACAAGUGCAGCCUAAUAGUUACUGGAGAAAGAAGAAAUUUCCAAAGCGCUAUUGGCAGAUGAGAGAUAUUUUCUUUAGACUGCUGAGGAACCAUAAGCAAUGCCCUUACCCGCAGCUGUUGAUGAGAAAUUGCUUUGUGAAUGUUAAGAAAGGAAGAAAAAUCUUUGGUGCUUCAAGUAUUGUGAGAAAUAUUGGGUCCAAUUCUUUCCCUGUCACAAAGGUGGAUCGCAGUAGUCAUGAAAUAGAAUUGAAAGACAAUGGUCCUGUUGGUGAAGCCAUUCACCCAGCUCCAAAACAGGAUCAGUUAUUGAGUAAGAAUGUAAAGGGUCAUACUUCAAUGAGAACAGCUCUUCGUGGACACAGUUCUACUGUUGGAAGCAACUUGAAGGAACAAGCAGACCCUUUGAGAUCUUUGCAACGUCCUGGCCAGUGGUCUCCGACAGGUCAUCUACCUGAAGCUGUAGCAGUGAGCCAUCAAGCAGAUGGGAAGGUCACCAUGUCUAUAGACUAUGACCGUAUUGAAGAUUCACCUGGCUCGGACACAGACUUGCUGUGUUUGCUCAAGCAGCACAGCAGUCCAUUUCAGGUCUACCGAUUUGUGAGAGAAUGUCUGCUCAAAGUCAUACCAGACGAACUGUGGGGCUCCAACCACAAUAAAUGUAGGUUCCUGAAGAAUGUGAAGAAGUUUAUUUCCUUGGGGAGAUUUGACAAAUUCUCUUGCAGUGAGCUAAUGUGGAAGAUGAGGGUGAAUGAUUGUACAUGGCUUCGGCUAACCAAAGGCCCGCACUUUGUUCCUGCAUCGGAGCACCAGUUGCGUGAAGAAAUCCUGGCUAAGUUUCUCGUUUGGUUAAUGGGCACCUACGUGGUACAACUGCUCAAGUCUUUCUUCUACAUCACGGAGACAACAUUCAUGAAAAACAUGCUUUUCUACUACAGAAAACGUGUCUGGAAUGAGGUGCAGAGGAUUGGAGUAUGGAAUCAUCUUGCUAAAGUACAGCUGCAACCAAUCUCGAGCAAAGAAUUGGAACAGAAAUGGCAGCAGAAAGCCUUCCUACCCCCUUCUAGCUUACGCUUUAUUCCCAAGAGAAAUGGAUUGCGACCGAUAGUGAGGAUGCGGAACAUGGUCGCACCACCGUUCUCCAGGAAAGUGAGCAGUUUCCGGAAGAUCCAACGCUCAGACUCCCAGAUGAAGGUCCUGUUUGGUGUGCUCAAUUAUGAAUGUCAACAGAAUCCAGCCCUAAUGGGCUCUUCAGUCUUCGGCCUUGACGCUAUAUACAAGGCGUGGAGGGAGUUUGUGUUGCAGAGUUCGAAAGCUGGAAAACUGAGAGGGAAUCGUCCUUAUUACUUUGUGAAAGCAGACGUUACUGGUGCCUAUGACACCAUUCCUCACGCCAAAUUAAUGGAAGUGGUUUCGGGAAUACUGAAUCCCUCCAUACAAGAGAGUUACUGCAUCCGACAUUACACCAAGGUUUGGGUGGAUUCCAGUGGACAAAUUCAAAAAUCUUUCAAAAACCAGGUUUCCACAAUGAAGGAUCUGUUACCAAACAUGAAGGAAUUUGUGUCCCACCUGCAGCAGGAAGCCUCUCUGCAAGACACUGUCCUAGUUGAACAGGGUCUGAUAUUGAAUGAAAGCUCUGGGCAGGUGUUCAGUUACUUCAAGCAAAUGAUUGAGAACAGUACCAUCAGAAUUGGGAAUAAAUACUAUGCUCAGUGUUGUGGGAUCCCUCAGGGCUCUCUUCUCUCCACUUUGCUGUGCAGCUUGUGUUAUGGUGAUAUGGACAAGAAACUCCUCAGUGGAAUUCAGGAGGAUGGGUUGAUGUUGCGGUUGGUUGAUGACUUCUUGCUGGUCACUCCUCACUUAGCGCACGCCAAAAGCUUCCUAAGAAUAUUGGCUGCAGGGAUCCCAGAGUACGGCUGUUUCAUAAACCCCCAUAAAACAGUGGUCAACUUUGUUCUUGAUGAGAACCUUCCAGGCUGCAGCAAAACCACGUCAUUGCCGGAACAUUCUCUCUUCCCUUGGUGUGGUCUGCUCUUUGAUACUCAGACGCUUGAAGUCUAUUGUGACUAUUCCAGCUAUGCAAACACCUCCAUCAGGUCCAGUCUGACUUUCAGCUGUAGUUCGGAAGCUGGGAAGAAUCUGAGGAGGAAGCUACUGGCUGUCUUGAAGUUGAAGUGUCAUCACAUUUUCCUGGAUCUGGAGGU